AUGUUCAAUUAUUGGUUAAUUUACAACAUUCUGUUUCUUCCAUAUAUACAUGGGAAUUUCAUUCCUGCUCUUGUCACCCCAAAGCAAAAGGAAAUAAAACAUGACUUAGCUCAAGCAAAUAAUAACAAGCUCACGCAGAAUGUUAUUACGGAAGGUGGUGCAAUAUUACCCAGUAAUCCUAUAAUUCAGUUAAAGGAUCAUCCAAUGCUUAUAACUUCAGAAGAUGAACUAAGUCAAAAUAAAAAUAGAUCUAUUGUCGGAAGAAAAGGUGUUAAUUACACUCAUGUAGAUGAUGUCCACAAACAAGAUAGCACCAUCUUCAAUUCAUCUAUUUUAACAAACAAUGAAGAAAGUAAUCUAACUAUGAUGCAACCAAAUAAACCUAAUGAUUCUAAGCACAUACUUAAUAAUACCCAAAAGUUUAAUAUAACAAAAAGUCAUAAACCAUUAAUUUUAUCUCACGAGGCAUUGGUAAAAAUGGAUAAACUUAACAAUUUAGAUAUUAGUGAAGAUAAUGUACCAGAUAUUAAAGUGCACUCAAUGAAAGCUGGCAGUCAUCCAGGAAUGAUAAUGCCUAUAGUGAUCACAAUUUUAGUAGUUCCUAUGUUUGCUGUUAUUGGCUUUAUGGCAAUAACAAGAGGUCGAGAAGCUUGGAAGAAUAGGCAUUAUAAAAGAAUGGAUUUCCUUUUGGAUGGCAUGUACAAUGAG